AUGUUGAGUAACGAAAGUCGAGGGGUACCAAUAUUGAUCAUGAACCCUGACAAGUUCACCCACAAGACCAAUGAGGCCCUUGCAGGGGCUCAUGAACAGGCAAUGGAAGCUGGACAUGCCCAGUUCACACCACUCCACAUAGCCUCGGCUUUGCUCUCCGAUCCCAAUGGCCUUUUCUGGCAAGCGAUAGUGACAGCCAAUUUCGGCCUAUUGGAAGAUACCCAAAUCGCGGAACUUCUAAGAGAAGCUGGAGUUAGUCCAGAAAGAUUGAAAUCAGAGGUUGAAAAGCUUCGGGGGAAAGAAGGAAGAAAGGCCUCAAAACUUGAUCCUGUUCUUGGGAGAGACGAUGAAAUUAGGCGUGUCAUUUGGAUUCUUUCGAGGAGGACUAAAACAAUCCUCAUUGGAUAUAGGGUCAUUGGUGGCUGGAGCAAAGUACAGAGGCGAAUUCGAGGAGAGAGUGAAAGCUGCAUUGCAAGAAGUAGUAGAGGCCGAGGGGAAUGUGAUAUUGUCCUCGGGGCGAGACGAACAGAGGGGUCGAUGGAUGCGGCCAAUCUGUUCAAGCCAAUGCUUGCAAGAGGCCAACUGAGGUGCAUUGGUGCGACAAUGUUGGCGGAGUAUCGGAAAUAUGUGGAGAAGGAUGCUGCAUUUGAGAGGCGUUUCCAGCAGGUUUAUGUGGCUGAGCCAAGUGUUGAAGAUAUAAUUAGUAUUCUUAGAGGUCUUAAAGAGAGGUUUGAGACACACCAUGAUGUUCGGAUUCAGGAUCGAGCUCUUGUGGUUGCAGCCCAAUUGUCGGGCCGGUACAUCACAGGGCGUUAUUUGCCGGACAAAGCAAUUGAUCUACUUGAUGAAGCUUGUGCAAAUAUUAGGGUUCAGCUUGAUAGUCAACCUGAAGAAAUUGAUAAGCUUGAAAGGAGUAGGAUUCAGUUAGAAAUUGAACUCCAUGCUCUUGAGAAAGAGAAAGACAAAGCCAGCAAAGCUCGGCUUGUUGAAGUGAGUAUGCUCUCAUUUUCUGCUCCAGCCAUUGAUCUUGAAAUACACAAAAAAAAAAAAAGAAAGAAGAGGGACGAGCUCAUAAGGGCUGCAGAGGAGGCUGAAAGAAGAUUUGAUCUGGCCAGAGCUGCAGACUUGAGAUACAGAGCGAUUCCUGAGGUGGAGGCCGCCAAAGUGAAGCUCGAGGAGAGUUCUGGUGAGAAUGUGAUGCUAGCAGAGACCGUUGGGCCUGAACAUAUAGCUGAAGUUGUGAGCCGAAGGACCGGUAUUCCGGUCACGAGGCUCUGCCAGAAUGAGAAAGGGAAACUGAUUGGUCUUGCUGAGAUGCUGCAUCAGAGAGUUGUUGGACAAGACCAUGCAGUGAGGGCUGUUGCUGAUGCUGUUUUGAGAUCAAGAGGUGGGUUGGGAAGGCCACACCAACCAAUUGGUUCAUUCCUGUUCUUGGGUCCAACUGGUGUUGGGAUAACUGAGCUUGCUAAGGCUUUGGCUGAGCAGCUUUUUGAUGAUGAAAAGUUUAUGAUUAGGAUUGACAUGUCUGAGUAUAUGGAGCAGUAUUCAGUUGCCAGGUUGAUUGGGGCUCCACCCGGGUAA